AUGGCGAGAAGUAAAACAUUUAUUCAUUUUAUAACACUUUGUACAAUGGUUAAUAUUAUUACUGUUAAUGUGCAAGGGCUUCGACAGAGCAACAGACGACAAACUGCUUUUAAUUUGUUCAGGAGACAGAAAUAUGACAUGAUUUUACUACAAGAAACCCACUGGACGGGCGAACUUGAAAAUGAAAUAAGAAACGACUGGGGACAUGAUAUAUUAUUUAGCAAUGGAACUGCAAACGCGCGUGGAACAGCUAUAUUAUUUAACGCACGUCUAGACUAUACGAUACAAAAUGUAAACAAAGACGGCGGCGGGCGCGUGAUAAACGCUUUGAUCGAAAUUGACGACCAUGAAAUAAAUAUAGUUAAUAUAUACGCACCUCGUACACACACAGAAAGAAAAACUGUCUAUUCUGAAUUAGACAAAUUUAUUUCAACAGAGCACAACAACAUUAUAGCGGGGGAUACAAAUCUAGCGCUUACACAAUACGACAGAAUGGAAGGCUCAAUGCCAGCCAGACAGACGGCGAGAACAGAACUAUACAGACUUAUUACAAAGCACGAUCUCGUUGACAUUUGGCGUCAAAGAAACCCAAACAAAAGAGAGUUUACUUGGACUAGCUCAGACAGCACAACUCAUCGAACAAUUCGAACAAGAAUCGACAGAAUUCUAAUUACCCAAACCCUAGACAAAAAUGUAUCAAAAACACAAAUUAUUCCGUAUCAACACUCAGACCACGACAGCACAACCUUAACCCUUGAUCUUGACAAAUUAAAGCGUGGACCGGGUUAUUGGCACUUUAAUAAUAAACUGUUAACAGACCCACAAUUCGUUGAAGAUAUUAGAAACUACUGGACAAACUGGAAAGCACAGCAAGAUCAAUUUGAAAACUUAAUCAUUUGGUGGGACAAAGCGAAAUACAAAUUUAAACAAAUCGCUAUACAACACAGCACGAAAAGGCGAAGGAUCGAGCAAAAAGAACGUGCAGAACUAGAGACAAAAUUAACAAGCUUACAACAGACAGCAACUGCUACUGGGAACAACGUAGAUAUUACAAAAUAUAUGGAGGCGAAAAACGAACUGAAACAAUUUGAUUUUCGCGAAAUAGAAGCGCUUAAAGUCCGAACUAAAGCACUAUAUGCGGAAGCAGGAGAGAAAAGUACGAGAUAUUUCUACUCACUAGAGAAAAGACGUCAAGCUGAGCAGUCAAUUAAAAUACUUACAAAGGGCAACAACGAAACAUGUACAUUACAACAAGAUAUAAUAAAGGAGGUGCACACAUAUUACAAAUCGCUUUACACCGCAGAACUUACAGAUCCAACAGCACAAGAACAGAUCUUAAACAUCGAUACACCGACAUUGACAGACGAAGCCAGAGAAUCGUGCGAAGGACUUAUAACCGCAGCUGAAUUAAAAAAGGCGCUGGAUGGGAUGGAGCUGAACAAAUCACCAGGACUUGACGGCUUAACGUCAAACUUUUAUAAAUUUUUCUGGAACAUACUAGGGAAUACACUAACGAAUGUGUACAACUACGCAUUUGAGCAUGAGCUCUUAUCGGUAUCUCAACGCAGAGGAGUAAUUACCCUCAUUUUCAAGAAAAACGAUAGAACUAAGUUAAAAAAUUGGCGACCAAUAACAUUGCUAACAACGGACUAUAAAAUUCUAACCAAAGCCUUAGCAAACAGGCUGAAAAACGUAUUGCCAAUGAUCAUACACACUGAUCAAACUGCGUGCGUAAAAGGAAGAACUAUUAAUGACAAUGCCAGUUUAAUACGAGAUGCAAUUUACUACGCUAACGAAACAAAUAAGAAACUUGCGAUAAUAACCAUAGACCAGUUAAAAGCGUUCGAUCGAGUCGAUCACAAGUUCUUGUUCAAAACGCUGGCCAAGUUUGGCUUUGGACCACAAUUCAUAAAAUGGAUACAAAUUCUGUAUAAGCAGGUUUGCAGCACAGUAAAAACAAACGGCUGGAUGACCGCAUUCAUAAACUUAGAGCGGGGCCUUAGGCAAGGCUGUCCUCUGAGCAUGCCAUUAUACAUAAUAACAGCUGAAAUGCUAGCCAUUCAUAUUAGAUCAAACACUCGCAUUCAAGGACUGCAACUACCAGAAUCGGAAGAUGAAGUGAAACUUUCACAGUACGCAGAUGACACGACACUUCUGCUAGCAAACGACCAAAGUAUAAAUCAA